AUGGCCAGGCUCCGCAUUCCCGCUCUCGCUCUCGCGCUCGCUCUCUCACUCCUCCUCCCACUCGCGCUCUCCUCCUCCUCCUCCUCCUCCGACCCCCCUCUCCUCUCCCCGGCUCCCGCUCCUCAGCCCUCCUCCGACCUCCCUCCCCCGUCCUCCUCCCCUCUCGCUCCGGCCGCCUCCCCGCCGGCGCCGCCCCCGGCGGACCUCGCUCCCGCCCCCUCCCCGCGGACGUCGCUUCCCCCGUCACCGGUCCCCGCUCCCGCGCCGAGCAAUGCCACGGGCGGGUCGAUCUCUUCCGACGAGGAGGCCGGCGACGACGGGGGACCUCCCGGCGGGAUGAGCGGCGGCAAGAAGGCGGGAAUCGCUAUCGCCGUGGUCGCCGUGGUCGCUCUCGCCGGGCUCGGGGGAAUGGUGUACAAGAAGAGGCAAGAGAACAGACGGCGCUCGCAGUACAGUUACGCGGCGAGGAGAGAGAUUAUGUGA